AUGAUCGAGUACAAGUUAUUGGAAUCCGUUCUGCUGCUGGGCAAGGAACGAUUUGCUGGUAUGGAUAUCUGGGUCUGUGUGAAGGAUGGUGGUCAUGUGGCCCAAAUUUGUGCUAUCCAACAGUCCAUCUCCAAAGCCCUGGUGGCUUAUUACCAAAAGUAUGUGGAUGUGGCUUCUAAGAAGGAGAUCAAAGAUAUACUCAUCCAGUAUGACCGCACCCUGCUUGUAGCUGAUCUGCGUUGCUGUGAAUCCAAAAAGUUUGGAGGUCCUGAUGCCCUUGCUCAAUACCAGAAAUCUUACCAAUAA